ACGUGGUUGGGGAUGUGCUGGUGGGGUUAUUUCCCGCAAGGGGCCAGCAAGGGCGAUGGGUGCGCAGGCGCAGUUUGCGGGAGUGGACGUAACCGGUCCUUAGGACCCAGCGCGUCCCCUUUGUUCCCCGCGGGCGCGGGCCCGACGGGGAGGGGAAGGAGGAGGGGGAGGGGAGGGCGGGGCCGCCGGGCGUCCGCUCCGAGGGGUGGGGCCGUCCCGCGCGCGCGCCGCCGAGGGGCAGGGCCCCCUGGCCCCCGCCCCUUCCCACGCGCCAGCCCCGUCGCCCCCCGCGCGCGCACACUCGCGAGCCCCGGCGACAUGCAAAUGAGCACGUUGCCUGUAGGUGGAACUAUUCAUCCUGUUUUGCAAAAGGCUUAACUGAGGCUCAGAGAGCCCGGCUCCAGUGCCCAGACCCAAGCCCCCCACUGCUCAAUGGACACCCCCAGCCCAGACCCGUUGCCUUCGCCUUUGCCCGGGGAGGAAGAGAAACCUCUGGCCUUACCUCCUCCUGUUCCCCGGGGCCGCCGAGGCCGACGUCCUGGGGGGCCCACCUCCUCGAAUCGGACGCUCAAGGCCUCCCUCCCUCGCAAGCGGGGCCGCCCCCCCAAGUCGGGGCAGGAGCCCCCGCUGGCGCAGGGGGUGACAGCCCCCGUGGGCAGCGGCGGUGGCAGCGACCUCCUGUUGAUCGAUGAUCAGGGUGUGCCCUACACAGUCUCUGAAGGGUCAGCGGCAGGCGGGCCUGAGGGCUCUGGCCCUAAGAAGGCCCCGCACUUCUGCCCGGUGUGCCUGCGGGCCUUCCCCUACCUCUCCGACCUGGAGCGCCACAGCAUCUCGCACUCAGAGCUGAAGCCGCACGAGUGCAAGGAUUGCGGCAAGACCUUCAAGCGGUCCAGCCACCUGCGGCGGCACUGCAACAUCCAUGCCGGCCUGCGGCCCUUCCGCUGCCCGCUGUGCCCCCGCCGCUUCCGCGAGGCGGGCGAGCUGGCCCAUCACCACCGCGUCCACUCCGGGGAGCGCCCCUACCAGUGCCCGGUCUGCCGGCUGCGCUUCACGGAGGCCAACACUCUCCGGCGCCAUGCCAAACGCAAGCACCCUGAGGCCAUGGGGGCACCCCUGUGCCCCCCGGACCCAGGGCCUGAACCACCGUGGGACGACGAGGGCAUCCCGGCCACGGCAGGGGCUGAUGAGGAGGAGUUGGAGGGCAAAGAGCUGGCCUGACCCACACCCCCAGCUACCGCUCCCCGGGCCGGGUUUAGAGCUGGGAGUUCGGCUGGUGCUGGGCCUGGGCUGGGAGGUCGGGACACUCUCCUGUCUGGCGGUCUUCCCGUUGUGGGAGGGGCUUGAGGGUGAGGACCUAAACUUCUGGUUCUUGCUGCCUCCUGCCAUCUUCCCGCGGACUAACAGGCCCUUGGAGGCAGGGGCUGUGGAAAUAAAUCUCUGCCUACUGGCUU